CGGUAGACCUCUCAUCGGGAGGGUGUUUUAAAACCAAUGGCGCAUAGUUUUGUACCACGACGGAAUUGACAAAGUAUUAAACAUAGCUAUAAGCGAAUACAAAACAAUAAGUUCUUCUCGCAAAUCCAAUAUAGCUCUGCUUCUCAACUCUCAUUUACGCAGUUUGUAACGGUACUUGAUAUCCUCGGAAUAACCACAACAUGUUGGCCAAACAACAAGUAGCACAUCCCACCCCUGAUGGGGACGAUGGUGAGGUCAGAGAUAGUUUUACCGAUGAAUCUGCAUUCGAUCUGGACCUGGCAUGCAAUGAAUCACGCACCUGGAUAGAGGCAGUCUUGCAGGAGGCAAUUCCCGGAAAAGAUAACAAGCCGUUGUUUCGUGAGAAUCUGAAGGAUGGCCAGCGUUUGUGUCGGGGAAAAAUAUGUAUCUGAUAACGAAGGCAACAAAUACUGCCCUGACUGUGCAUGUCAACGAGUUGAGUGUGGCAAAUACACUGGCAGCACGCCCGCGGUUGUGAACGGCCACAAGUACUGUCCUGCUGCCUGUGUGUGUCAGGACAAGUCGUGUGGCAAGCCUUUCGUGAAUGACAGGUUCAAGGAGGUCGACGGCCUACGGUUCUGUCCUGACUGCGUAUGCCAACGCCCUGAGUGUGACCAAAUCCCCGGAGACGCAGCUAAGACGGUCGAUGGCAAAAAGUAUUGUCCCGGCUGUGUGUGUGCGGAUGAGGAGUGCGGAAAGCCCUUCAUGAACAAUCAGUUCAAAGAGGUCGAUGGCGAGCGCUAUUGUCCAGACUGCAUGUGCCAGCGUCCAG